CUCAAAACGAUUUACUUUCCAAGGAUUUUUUAAUGUUUCAAUUAUGUUAUCGACAGUAACUGACCUACGCAUUACUUAAAAUAGUUUUCCCUUUUGUCACACCUAUAUAAUAACCAGAGUCUCAAUUGAAAAGGUCAUUUUCAAGAUGUAUCUGAGUAGGGUUUGUGUGGGGAUACUUGUGAUUGCCAGUGCCAAAGGGUUGUUUCUGCACCCUUCGUCGGAAACUGGAGGGAAUGCUGUACGGAAGGCGUCUCGUUGGAACUUACCAUGGAUGGGCAUUGGCAUGUGGUGUAACGGGUGUCCGGCCACCGGCUGCGAAGACGACGAGGCAAUCAUACACGGCUACUGCUGCGGCUGCGCUUAUUCUUUAGAUCGUCUGCCCGUACUAUGUCCUCAGUUCCUGCAGUGUCCCCUGAACCUCCACGGCCUUUGUCACGACUACGAGUAUAUGAUGAGGUGUUGUUGUUGAGACUUAUCAGUGGAUGAGUGAAAAAAAUGGCUACAUAUCGGAAUAUGGUACCGUAGCAUUUUAUGUGCAAUAAUACAUGAUAAGAAUUUAGAAAAAUGAACUUUGUAGUUAGGGACCAUUACAUUUUUAUAAAUUUAUUUUAUGUCAUUGCGAAAAAUAAAUAUCUUGACAAAUUAUGCGACCCCGAUAAAGCAUUUUAUCAGAAAGUAUUUUAUGUAUGUACCUAUGUUUUCCAUUACGCAAUGUAAUAACAGUUAAUUAUACAGAUUUCAGUGUACAGUUUCUUGUUUAGGAUAUUGUGACUACAUUGUACAAAAGACUGUGUAAUAUAUACUGUAUAUUUUACUGUCUGUUGACAACUAUCACCAUACCUAUGGUAAUAGUUGACAGCAUGCAAGAUCAUUAAUUAUGAUAGGUGAACUACGGUUAUUGAAAUGAAACAUCCUUUAUAGCAUACUGUUUUAAUUUCUAAGAAACCCUCAAUACAGAAUUAUAGUGGGUUAGCGGAUUGAUUUAAGUAAACUUAACUCUGACGUAAUAGUACAAAAAUAACGACAUAAGUUAUAAUAGUGACAGAUUAUAAAUAAAUUCUUUGUCCAAUAUUCCAAAGGGCAUAUUUAACAUCAUAAUAUAAACUACCUCAUUCCUAAUACUCGAACUUACUGAGAUAACAAAUUACCGUUUGAAAUAUCGGACAAUUGUUUAAAAUUUAAAAUUAUCACAAUAUUGCUGUGAUAUUGAUAUAUGAAUAUGUCUUUUAAUUAAUACUAUGAUCCCGCUUUACAUUUAUCGAUGGCUAUAUAAGUUUACUAUAUUGUAUCUGUCUAAUUAACUAAGGCUGAUUUGCUAUAUCUACGAUUUUGUGUAGUGCUUCGUUCACAUACGCUUAGGAGCUGACAGCUCAGCUCCAAGGCAUUUACUUAAUCAUAACUGCUAGUGGACAUAAUUACGAGUAGUUUAAGUCAAUUUUAAAAGACUUUGAAUGACAUGCACACUUCUGGGAAAAGGCAGUGAGAGUUUGAGGCGCCGCUUCUCCAUUUGUGCUUUGGAAGCGAUGAAUGAGGCAUUACAACGAGCGAUAGCUUAACCUACAUCGCAAACUAAUUGCAAUUGACAAGACUUAAACUUACUAAGCGUAUGUAAACAGAGUUUGGACACAAAAUGUUGAACAUAGCACAACCCAUGUACGCUUCCACUAUAGUUAUAUAUAACACCCAGUGCAUAUUAGUACCUGUGACGGAAUAAACAGAAGCUGGAAUAUCGCCUACAAGAAUGGACAUCUUUCUGUAACUUUAGAUUGUAAUAACUUAUACAAAGGGGCACACUACACCGUGUCUUCGGAAUUUCAUAAUAUUAAAAUUUAAUACAUUAUUUGUAAUUGUUUUGCAUUGCCACACUCCAUACCGACUUAGCAUAGUGCGCCUAUCUUAUUUAAAGUUAUCUAAACGAAAUCUUUUUUUGGACACAGCGGUUACAUAGGCGCGAAAUUUCCUACUAUUUGAUAUUCAACGAAAUUAUUUCUUAAAUUUACAUAUACGGACAUGUACGUUGCGCUCACACUUCAAGAUUCGAUUCCCGAGUGGAACUUCAGUAAGUGAACAGUAAACUUUUCACAAGAUCUUCGUCAU